AUGAUACCCAAUACUAUGCCUGUGCUGGAGAAAAAGGGGGACAUCAUUUUGGGGGGCCUCUUUUCCCUUCAUGACAUGGUGGAGGAGCAAAGUUUGCCUUUCACCUCCCAGCCUCCUAAAAGUAAAUGCACCAGAUUCAAUUUCCGAACCUUCCGCUGGAUGCAAACUAUGAUCUUUGCAAUCGAAGAGAUCAACAAGGAGGGGAGGCUUCUUCCGAACAUCACAGUCGGAUACAAGAUCUAUGAUUCAUGCAGCACACCGCAUCAGGCGUUGAAGGCUGCCAUGGAGCUAAUGGGGGGUGAGAAGAGCUCAGAGGCUGGAGAAAAAACUUGCAAUGAAAGCGUGCCGCUGGUGAUAGGAGACGGAGGCUCCACUCAGUCUCUCGUUGUGGCUCGUUUCCUUGGCGUCUUCACCGUGCCACAAAUAAGUUAUUUCUCCAGCUGUGCCUGUCUGAGUGACAAAAAGCAGUUCCCUGCCUUCCUAAGGACCAUGCCGAGUGACUUCUUCCAGGUUAACGCUCUGGUUCAGCUCAUUAAGCACUUUGGCUGGACGUGGGUUGGUGUGAUUGCAGGUGAUGAUGCCUAUGGUCGUGAUGGGGCAAACAUUUUCGCUAGUGAGGUCACAAAGUUGGGUGUUUGUGUUGCCUUUCAUAGAAUCAUCCCUAAGAACCGACACCAGGAGGAAAUUUUAUCCAUCAUUUCCGUCAUCCGCCUGUCUGGGGCAAAGGUGAUUCUGGUUUUUGCUGUGGAACAAGAUGCGGCGGCGUUGUUUGAUGAAGUACAAAGAAGCGAGCUCACUGGGAUACAGUGGUUAGCCAGUGAAGCUUGGAGCACAGCAGCUGUACUUUCCACCCCCAAAAGGUACCACCACAUCCUCCAAGGUACGGUUGGCUUUGCCAUUCAGCAGGCAAACAUUCCGGGAUUGCGAGACUUUCUGCUUCGCUUGAAUCCAUCGAGAUCGGAAGCCCAGACGGAUCCCUUCCUUGUGUCCUUCUGGGAAGAGGUGUUUCAGUGCAGCCUGGGUGCUCAAACUGAAAGUCAGGAAAAGGAAGGCGAAAAUAAGCCUCCAUGCUCUGGGAAGGAAGACCUUGGGAACGUGACGAAUAUCUAUUCAGAUGUAUCACAGCUGAGGAUUUCCUACAACGUCUACAAAGCGGUGUAUGCUGCCGCCCAUGCUCUUAAGGCACUGAAAAGCUGUGUGAAAGGAGAAGGACCUUUUUUUCAGAGGUCCUGUGCAGAUCCAGAUGUUAUUCAGCCUUGGCAGCUGCUUUAUUACCUAAAGCAAGUGCAGUACUUGAAUUCAUUUGCAAGUGAAAUUAAAUUCGAUGAGAAUGGUGACCCUGCAGCCAUGUAUGAUCUCGUUAACUGGCAGAUGAAUCCAAAUGGGGAAAUUGAGUUUAUCAACAUUGGCAAAUUUGAUGGCAAGACCGGAGACGUGAAACAAAAACUUUACAUCCAUGAAGAAAUCAUUUUUUGGAAUGGCAACCGAACCAGGGUUCCCUCAUCAGUAUGCAGCACUGUUUGUCCUCCGGGCACACGGAAGGCGAUGAGACCCAACUUUCCUGUUUGCUGCUAUGACUGUGUGGCUUGUACAGCUGGGGAGAUCAGCAAUCUCUCUGACACCAUAGAGUGUGCAAAGUGCCCACCGGACUUCUGGUCCAACGCUGAAAGGACCGCGUGCGUCCCCAAACGGGUGGAGUUCCUCUCCUUCAGAGACACCAUGGGCAUCACCCUGGUUGCCAUUUCUUUCAUCGGCUCCUUCAGCACUUGUCUUGUGGUCCUGAUAUUUUUCUGCAAUAGAACCACACCCAUCGUCAAAGCUAACAACUCGGCGCUGAGCUUCCUGCUGCUGUUCUCCUUGACGCUGUGCUUCUUGUGUUCUCUGACCUUCAUUGGCCAGCCAUCCAAGUGGUCCUGCAUGCUGCGCCACACAGCGUUUGGGAUCAGCUUUGUGCUCUGUAUCUCGUGCAUCCUAGGGAAGACAUUAGUGGUGCUGGUAGCCUUCAAUGCAAAACUUCCAGGCAGCAAUGUCAUUAAAUGCUUUGGCCCCUCACAGCAAAAAGCAAUUAUUGCCAUUUGUACCAUCAUCCAGGUCCUUAUUUGUACCGUGUGGCUGCUCAUUGCUCCCCCUGCUCCACGCCAACUGAUGCCACGUGAGGAAGACUUUAUCAUUCUCUUAUGUGACGAAGGCUCGUACAUUGCAUUCGCUUUGGUACUGAGCUACAUCGGGCUCUUGGCAGUCCUCUGUCUUUUCUUGGCCUUCCUGGCCAGGAAGCUUCCCGACAGCUUCAACGAGGCCAGACUCAUCACUUUCAGUAUGCUGAUUUUCUGUGCCGUUUGGAUAGCAUUCAUUCCCGCCUAUAUCAGCUCUCCGGGGAAGUACGCAACAGUCACAGAAGUGUUUGCGAUCCUGGCCUCCAGUUACGGGCUGCUGGGUUGCAUCUUUGCCCCAAAGUGUUAUUUGAUCCUGCUCAGGCCAGACAAGAACACAAGGAAACACUUGAUGUCCAAAGCUCCCUCUAGCAGAUUUUAGAAACAUCUUGUUUCAUCUUCGAGCCUGAAAGUAAGAAAGUGCCUGUGGAUAUAUUUUACCACCAGAUGGUAGCAGUGAGCUAUUAAGAUCAAUUUAAUCUCUGGCUGAGAAAAAUGAAACCAGGAAUUUCCUUCCUUCUGUCUCACA